AGGGAGUAGCGCACAUGUUGAAGCCUGCUCCGUAAGAGCAGCACAUGCCAGAUCCGCACCACCAGUCUGGAGCGCUCGCACAUUGCGAGCGUGUGCACAUUGGACCCGCUGCGACGCCUCCCCGUGGCAGCCGUGGCAGUGUCGAGGUGCUGGAUUUCUGCCGAUGGAGUCCGCUGAACUCACCGAUUUUGCCAAAGACGGUGUCAAUAUUGGGGGUGGCUCGUUCGGGACUGUACAGCGCGCGGUGCACAAGCCUUCUGGAACCGUGUACGCUAUGAAAAUCGUCCCCCGGGAAAAGAUAGUCGAGCAUCGAAUGGAGGAGUACCUCCACAGGGAGGUCCAGACGCAGAUGACGCUGGGUCCCGGAUUACCUUCUGACCGUCCCAACAUUCUCAAACUCUACCGGUGCUUCGAGGUCAGCGAGAGCUUCCAGCUGCUGCUGGAAUACGCGGAUGGCGGAUCGCUGUUCACGGUGAUGCGGAGGAACGGGCGCCUCACUUCUAAAAAGGCGGCCCCCGUCUUUGCCGGGAUCGCCAGCGCCCUCGACCACUUGCACCACAUGGGCCUGAUUCAUCUCUGAAAUGUGAAGCCCGAGAACAUCUUAAUGUGUGGCACCGUCGCGAAGCUUGCCGAUUUCGGCUGGUGCGCGCAGACCGCUGGAGUCGGCGAGACGCGCCAGACCUUCUGCGGCACGCUGGACUACCUGCCCCCCGAGAUGAUCAAGAACGACCCGCACGACUGCACCGUGGACAAUUGGGCCAUGGGCGUGUUGCUGUACGAGAUGCUCCUCGGGAGGGCCCCCUUCGCGGAGGGUGGGAAGACCAACCUCAGCCGUAUCUUGGACGCGGACGUCGCGGAGUGGCCCGAGGGCGCGAUGCCCGCGGAGGCGGAGGAGCUCAUGCGGCAGCUGCUGCGGCCGGAACCUGGAGAAAGGAUCUCGCUCGCGGCGGCGAUCUCGCACGGGUGGGUGGCCGCGAACUGCGGGAAGCGGCCCGGCCGUCCUGCCGCGCACGAGGCCCAGGGCACCAAGGGCAUCGAGGCCCUCGAGCAGUCGCGGCGGGCCUCCCCGGCGAGCCUCCCCGCGCUGGCGGGCAUCCCCUGCGAGGACAAGAGCGUGCUGCUCGGCUGCGGGCAGGACGGGGCCAGCGCCACCGCGGGCGGGGGCGCGAGCAGCGCGGGAUCGGCGUAUCAGUGGCCAGCGGGCCUGGCGCUGGACGAGACCGCGCGGGAGGCCCGAGGUUCCGAGGUGGGCCGCGGCUGCGGCAGCCUGGGAGGCUCGGCGGGCUCGGCACCUGCCUCGCCGCAGGUCAGCCUAGAUGUAACGGUGGGAGCCUGCUCGCCGGGCGCCCGCUCCAGCAGCAGCGCGGGAGGUUCUCGUGGCGUUUACGUCGCCGGCGCCGAGCCGCGGCGUAGCGCCGAGCAGUCCAGGGCCGCCGCGCAGGCCGCGGCCGCCGCUCAGGCCGCGGCAGCGCAGGCCGCGGCAGAGGCCGAGGCGGAGGCCGCCGCCGCAGCGGAGGCCGCGGCAGCCGCACAGGCGCGGGCCGCGGCUGAGCACGCCGCGGCCCAGGCCAAGGCGGAGGCCGCCGCCGUUGCCCAGGCCGCGGCCGCAGCACAGGCGCAGGCCGCGGCAGCGCAGGCCGCGGCCCAAGCCGAGGCGGAGGCCGCCGCCGCGGCGCAGGCCGCGGCCGCAGCACAGGCGCAGGCGCAGGCCGCGGCAGAGCAGGCCGCGGCCGAGGCGGAGGCGGAGGCCGCCGCCGCGGCGCAGGCCGCGGCCGCCGCGCAGGCGCAGGCCGCGGCAGAGCAGGCCGCGGCCGAGGCGGAGGCGGAGGCCGCCGCCGCGGCAACAGAGGCGGCUGCGCGGGCCCGCCCAGCAGCCGCUGCGGCUCCAGCGGCGCCCCCGCUGAUGGGCAGCACCGCGCUCAGCGGCCCUGGAACUUUGGCAGAGCAGGCGCGGGAGGCGCAGGCGCUGCGCCGUUUCUGCGACGCCGAGGCGGCCCUCGCGCCCUCCGCCGCUCUGGCGGGGGCCGAAGCUCCGGGCGCCCAGGCCCGGGACGUGGACGUGGCGGACGGGCUCCAGAGGUCGCGGGUGUGGGGCGAGACGACGAUGUGCAAGGCGGUCCGUCACAAAUGUGUCCACGCAGACCCCCCCUCAGUUGAUGGCUCCGGGGCCUCGGGGGAGGGUGGUGGCGUAUAGAUCACAAUGAAGGAGCCAGCGU